AUGCCGGGCGUAGUCAUGGACACUGCCAACAUCGGCGGACAGAUACAGGGAUCACCCAACGACUCGCAGAAUGGUGUAUCUUAUUCUGCCGGGGAGAAGGCGCCAAUGAAAGGCUCUGCUGUUGUUCAAAACGGCUCUCUCUACGCAACCGGCCUGGAGAAGGGUUCCGCUUAUCGCACGGACGCAUCAACCGUCACACCCGUGUUGGCAAAAACGAGAGAACUACCAGAGCUACCACAUGUGACGCAAGGAUUCUUUCCCUUUUCGAUCUUACUCAAUAGAUCAGCUCAACAAUGCUGGAACGAUCUACUUGAUUUGAUCACGGAACUCGCAGAAAUCCAGGUGGCUCCCAAUGACCCAGGAUUUGCAUCAGUCCCCAUCGUGGGGAAGCCACCGGGGAACCAGUCGUCUGAGAAUAUACAGAAGAAGCUCCGUGUGCUCGAAUUUUCUCACGCUAAACGUGCCGACUUCAUCAAGCUUCUCGUUCUUUCUCAAUGGGGUCGACAAGCUGCAGAUGUCAGCAAGCUGAUCGACAUUCAGAAUUUUAUACGUACACGUCACCAAGCAUACACAGGCGCGCUACAAUGGAUUGGAGAGAUGAAGAAAGACCUCGUUCGAGCCCAGGUGGCCAAUCCGGAUAUCAGGACGUCCCUUGAGGUAUUAUCCAAGGGAAGAGUGGCGUCCAUGCUUACCCUCGGUUACAAGCCUCCCAAGCUUCUAACGCCGAGAAGAGCUUUAAGGAAGUUACAAAAAAUUAACCGAUUACUAUGUACCCGACUUGCGCUGCAUGAUGAGCUUCCUCCUUCCUUUCAAACUUACAGCAUUCAUGACGGUCGAGUCACUUUUAUCGUACCUACUGAAUUUGAGCUUGACCUGUCCAUUGGAGAAGGAAGUGGAUUGUCACAAUUCUUUUUCGUCGACAUUCGCUUCCUCUUCCGUCCAUCGUCACCAAUCCCCAAAGGUCGAAUAUUCAACGAGCUUGAGUCCAAAGUCAAUGAUGUACUUCAGACUCGCGGCUUGCCCGGCUGUUUCGAUCUAUUACAUAAUCUGGUUCUUACGAACAAGAUCAAUGUCCUCUUUAAACAAGCCACCGAAAUGGCAAGGGGACUCUGGACUGAUGUAUUGCGCAUCGAGCUGCUACAUCGAACGGUUGUUGUCCACUAUUGGGCACGGAAGCCUGGUAGCAAGAGCUGGUUAGAAAUCGGGAUCAAUAGCGGCCGUCGCGGAUCUAUCCACGGGAGCCCUGUGCCACCCUACCUAGGGUUGCGCUGGAUAAAAGAUGGAGAAGAGGUCAAUUCUGGGUUGAUCGAUUUUGACACGGCGAACAUUUCUAUGGAACGGUUACUUCGAAGUGUUAUCGCCUUGCACGUAUCUCAUACCGUCUCCUCGGCAUAUCACAGCAUAAGUCAAAGCUUACUAUAUUCAACCAGCACGUUGUCCUUACGAGCCCAGCUCACAACCACUGAGCCCGGUAACUGCCUACUCGAUGUUCAACUCACGGAAACCAGAUACCUCAGGGUUUCUGUGGAGCCGAUGUCAGGAGCGAACGUCUUUUCCACUACGCCCAAUAUCUUGGAGCGGCCUGACAAUGAUCGGCUAGCAGACAAACCUGCUGUCGAUGACAUUGUCACCCGUGUUGCACGCCUCCGGUGCAUUGCAGCUAUAGAAGAAGUCGAAUGCUAUUUGCAAAUGCUAGGUUUCGACGUGAUAAACCCACGGAUAUUGAAUAUAGACGUUCGCAGGGUCUUUCCAUUGAACGUUCUGCGCUUCUCCUUCUUCAGCCACAAAUCUUGGGAGCGAAACUGGAUUGUAGCAGCAACGAGCAGCAUGGAUGGUGAUAAUUGGUGGCUUGUUCAACUUCGAUUGGGGGUCGUAGCCAAAAGACAUUCAGCAUAUGAUGUGAAUGUCGGCAGCCGGCCCACUUUUCGUUUGGCUCAGGUCGUCAGCAACACUUUCAUCUCAUCUCGGCUUGAAAAGAGUUAUAUGUCCUUUGUGAAUCUUGGGCACAGUCUAUCAGGAAUUCUUACAAUAUAUGCCAACUCCCGUUAUCUGGCCGACCUAGACGCAAUCAAAUCAUGUCCUCCUGCGCACAAGCUGAGAAUCGAGGCUGGCUUCCAGAUUCCAGACAUUUCACUUCGAUAUGAACCUGCCAAGCUUCCCAACGCCUUACGCUUAGUUCUACCUGCAGGAAUAAGGCAGAAAGGUUUCAUCAGAGAAACCAUUCGUCUUACAUUCCUUGGUAUCAAUUCACAGGCAAAUCUCGCCAUAAUUGGGGCCUACGGAAGAUUGAAUAUUCCUGUGAAAGCUUUCAGUGCCCUCAUAUCCAAGUGGGACCGCUCUUUAGUGUUUCAAGAGAGCCAUAACGGCUUUGCAAUUCGUCUACUUGCACCAACAGGUCGACCAGUCAUCAUUGGUCUCGUAGAAGAUCUACAGAGACUCGAAUGUGUGUUGUCUAUCCUAGAUACCUUGCAACGGAAGAAGAUAGAGGUCACGUCAAUAUCGCUGUCUGGCAUCUCCUUCAACUAUGGACCUGAAAGGGACUUAGCUGCCAGGCUGGAGGUUGACAUCAAAAGAAACCCCUCUCUUUCAGAGGCCGAUGCGACCGAGCUUGCGACCAGGUCUGAUUCGAUCUUCCGCUUGCAGCUCGGCAUAAAAUUUGACUCCACAAACCCCCAUCGUCGAAUCGAGGGAUCUCUUGCGUCUAGCCUGAAUCGUACUUCAGCUGAGGCCAGCAUAGAGACCAUUGCUGAACUCCUGACAAGCACAUUACCUUUAAUGCGAGCUUUGGAUCAUAUAAUGGAUAACACUUCUCGCAAUGAGUCCUUGAAGGUGCAGGUGACGGUGCGCAACGCCAUGACGUAUGUUAUUCACUAUCCUGAUGCAAAUUUGCACUUUCAAUUGGUUGCCAGGAUACGUUCGAACCGCCUAGUGUGGGUGCUCAGAAAUGUGAACAGCUCCGAGUCUGGUUCCGACCAGGUCAAUUCUAUGUCCAAGGUACAGCAGUCUCUGUAUGAUUCCAAAGGCGAUGGUUGGAGAGGGCUUGGAAAUGGUGUAAUUGCACAAGUUGACCGGGUUGGGAAUAUUUUGGGGGAACUUCACAGAUGCAUUGCUGCCUCCGUUCCCAAUCCUUCUUUGAAUAAAGCUGGUACCAGGGAAUUAUCGACCGUCACGCCCACGCAAGCUACGGCGCUCAGUGAGGUUGCCUCGGGAGUGGCAACGAAACCAGUACGCCAGGAUUCGUCACGUCUCGCUCAUUUGCAGGAAAGGACAACUCAACACUCUGCCAGUGUUGCUUCAAGCACUGCGGAUGUCAUCAUGAUCGACUAG